AAACUUCACCAUGGAAACCACUAAUUAGUGGUAUUCCUGAAUUCUAUGUAUUAAAAAAAAUAACACAAGAAAAAAAUCUUCAAAGGUCCUUAUCAUGUUCGAUUUCAAAAUAAUGAUUGCGAUUAGUAAAUUUGUCCGGACCAAUAUAGUGCAACAGAGAAGUAUUGUGGUGAACAAAUGUGGAAGUUCAUUUGGAAUAGAAAAUUGCGAUUCCGUUUUGGGCGCCAGAUACCAUGGAUAUACCACUGGGAUAAAAAACUAUUGCAGCGAUAUUCCUUGCAAAAAAUUCAUGGAUGUAAAAUGCAAAAUAGCCUUGAUCACUGGUGGAGCUUCUGGCAUUGGGUUAGCAAUUGCUGAUUCAUUAUUAGCUGCUGGGCUGCAGAAAGCAUACCUCGCUGGUAGAAACAGUCAUAGAGGCGUUAACGCUUUACUGUAUAUGAAUAAUAAAUUCGGUGAAGGAAGAUGUGAUUUUAUACCUCUUGAUGUUACUAACAACAAACAAUUUGAAGAUGCUUUUAAGUACAUAAUAUGCAGAGAGGGAAGUAUGGAUAUCCUUGUCAACAAUGCAGGGAUGUUGAAUGACAAAUCAUGGGAAUCAGAAUUUGACACUAAUGUUAAAGGAGUUAUUAGCGGCACCCUACUUGCUAAUAAGUACAUGCCUACUCAAAAGAACAAAGGUGGUGUGGUAGUUAAUGUAACAUCCAUACUUGGCUAUGACACCAACCCCUACGCUCCGGGAUACAAUUGCACCAAGCACGCUGUGGUAGGCCUCACGAGGUCUUUCGGGGAACCAUCGAAAUUUUUUAGUAAUAAAGUACGCCAUAUUGCAAUUGGGCCUGGAGUUACCGGGACCGCCUUGCUCCAUGAAUCCGCAUCAAAGAUGCUAACUGAUGAAUGGGGAAAGAAAUUAUUGGCCAGUCUCUACAGUCUUCCUUAUCAGUCAACCGAACCUGUCGGCCGUGGUACCAUAUAUACGAUCGAGUAUGGACCUCCAGGCAGUCUGUGGGUCAUUGAGGACUCCAUGUUGCUAAGGAUAUUACCUCCUAAGAGGAUAACCUACCAGUAUAAAGUUAAGGACCUUUGAAGUUAUAAAAUUACAAAAAAAUAAAUAAAAUUAUCUUUUGAAAAAACCAUGUAUUUCUAUAAAUUAUAAUUACUUCCCGACAAAGCCAUCUAGAGGGAAUAACGAAAAAGUAAGAAGAAAAAUGAAAACAAUAAACUAC